GUGCAUGAGAUUUACAUCUAAAACAUCACAACAAAAUGUCGUUCUCUUGCUAUUGGGAUUGGAUAAUGCAGGCAAAACUGUAAUUGCUAAUCGUUUGAGAAAAGAAGAUUUCACUAAUGUAUUACCGACAAUUGGUUUCUCUAUGCAGAACCUAAAUUGUGAUAAACAUAAUGUUUUUCUUUACGAACUAGGUGGAAGUGAACAAAUCCGAAACAUUUGGCCCAAAUACUAUUUAGAUGCCCACGGACUCAUAUUUGUUGUUGAUUCUAGUGAUUUGCAACGUCUUGCUGAAUGUCAACACAUAUUAAAUGAAGUCGUUUGCCAUAAACAAAUUAAUGGAAAACCUAUACUUAUUUUUGCAAAUAAGCAAGAUUGUGAAGGUGCCUUAGAUGAAAUAGAUAUUGUAGAAAAGUUGGGGAUUGAAGAUAUGGUCAAUAAAUACCAGUGUCCAACAUUGGUACAACCUUGCAGUGCUGUGCGUUUACCAGAUCCCAAUGAAAAUAUUGAAAGUGGGUACAAUUGGUUGUUGACUUAUAUACAUAGAAAUUAUACAAGAAUUAAUAACAGAGUUAUCGCUGAUACAAAAUCUCAGCAGGAACAAGAUAUAAAAGUGAAGAAACCUAGUAAAACAAAACAGCAAAAAAUUAUGAAUGGAUGUUUUGGAGACAGUUGGGUUUCUAAAAAUAUUGAAGAAUGUCCUUCGACACCUAAAGAACUUUUCUUUUAA